UUGCAGAGGAGACAAGGGAGAGCUUUGUGUACAGUGCUCAGUCUGACACAGCUCAGCCUGUUCUCUAUCUCUCGCUUUCACUUCUGACUCUACAGGAACAUGCAGUGGCUCCUCAUUCUCACUCUCCUCACCAUCAUUUAUAUGCAACAGUUUUUCUGCAGGGCACAAGGCAACGGACAACUAGAAGUGAAGCCUGGGGAAAAAUCUGCAGAAGCCAGUGAGGUACAUCAGCGUAAAGAGUUUUGUCAUUGGCCAUGCAAAUGCCCCCGUGUGCCAACCUGCACCCCUGGAGUGAGCCUGGUAAAGGAUGGUUGCGGAUGUUGUAAAAUCUGUGCCAAGCAGGCUGGAGAGAUCUGUAAUGAAGCAGAUACCUGUGACCCUCACAAAGGACUUUACUGUGAUUACUCUGCAGACAGGCCUAGGUAUGAAACAGGAGUAUGUGCAUAUAUGAUAGCAGUAGGAUGUGAGCUCAAUGGAGUGUAUUAUGUCAAUGGCCAGGCCUUCCAGCCUACUCCACUUUAUAAGUGUCUCUGUGUUAGUGGUGCAAUUGGAUGUACACCUGUAUUCACCUCAAAGGCAGCAGCAAGUCAAUGCGUCAUGGUCAACGGCAGAAAAAAGUCUGGACAUUCCAACUGUGGCCCUGGACAACAGAAACAGCUACAAUCAACAGGCUACAGAUUAAUGCCAGAUUACAGAAGUCUACCACUUGUUUUGAAGGAGAAGUGCUUAGUACAGGCAACUUCUUGGACACCUUGUUCCAGAACCUGUGGCAUAGGUAUAUCCAACAGAGUAACCAAUGAAAACAGUAAAUGUGAAAUGAGAAAAGAAGAGAGGUUGUGUUUCAUUCAACCUUGUCAGACCAAUAUAUUGAAGACUAUAAAGAUUCCAAAAGGAAAAACGUGUCAGCCAACAUUUCAGCCUCCCAAAGCAGAGAAGCUAGCCUUUUCUGGAUGCUCAAGCACACAAAGCUACAAACCUACUUUCUGUGGUGUGUGUCUGGACAAGAGAUGUUGCAUACCUAACAAAUCCAAAAUGAUCAUUGUACAGUUUGACUGCCCCAAAGAAAGCUCCUUUAAGUGGAAGAUGAUGUGGAUCACAUCUUGUGUUUGUCAGAGGAUUUGUAAUGAUCCAGGAGAUAUAUUUUCGGGACUCAAGUUAUUAUAACUUACACCAUGGACAGCAGUGUAUAUCAUCAGGAUGGCAGCAUGCUCAUAGUUUGAAGAGUUAGCUAAAGAGAAGACCCUUCCACUGAAACCAAACUUGUUGGCAUUCUUCUGUUAAAUACCCUGAGAACAUGGUUUAAGAAGAACAUCUAUGUACGUAAAACAAGACACUCCAAAAACGUAAGAAUUAAAUUGUUUGAAGUGUGAGUAUACAUUUGAGGAACGUCUAGCUAACAUAGGGACAGCCAUGGAGGGAAAACUUUUGUAAUUUAAAAAAAAAAUCCACAGGAAUGUAGGGGUGAGUUUGCUCCAUAUUUACACAAAAAACUCCUAGAAAUAGGUGUUUUCCCUCAUCCUCAACAAACAUGUAGGUUUAAAUUAAACAUCCAAGUAACUUAAGAUUCCUUUUUCUACUAACUUUUUUUGCUGUAACAUCUGAUCUAUCAUUCUUGAUCCACAAGAUACAGCUACACUGACACAGCAUUAGGAAAAAAGACUGAUCUUCUGUGAGUUAGAAAAAAACAACAUUACAUAUUGUAGCAUACAACUACAAAUGAAUUUUAAGCUCAGAUUCAGUUGUGCACCAAUUCUUAUAUUUUACAUUUCUCCAAAUGCAGUGAAUAAAAGAAACAUUAUAUUUGCGCAGGUACAAAUGAAAACUUAUUUUUCAAGACAUAGGUUAGUUCAUUUCAUUCCUAAUGAACUAUUUUUCUAGAUUUUAAUUUUAAAUGUAUACAAUUUGCCUUUUCAUUAUUUUUCCCCACUCAUGACAUGCUGACAAAAACAAACUUAUAAAAAGGAACAAACACUACAUAUACAAUGAAAAGUAACCUCCUGAUCUUAUUCUGGUCCCACCUUCAUUUCUGUUCCCUCUUCAUGAUAUUUUGUUUCUUAUUUAACCUAGACUGCAAGCUCCUUGGGGUAGGACCAUGGGUGAAGUCCUGGCCUCACUGAAGUCUAUGGCAAAACUCCCAGUGACUUCAAUGAGGAUAGGAUUUUACCCUAUGUCUUUUGUCAUAAAGUGCCAAGUACAUUUGUAGUGUUCUAUAGGUAAGUUGUUUCACUCGAGUGACUUUCAAAAUGCUUUCUUCCUAAUAAGAAUUGCCUCAACAAAUAUUUGUCUUGUGUAUUUCUGGCCUCAUAUAUUAAAAAUUAGAACUAAUACUAUUGUGUCUGGUCAUACUGCCACCAGAGCUCUCUUCAAAGAAACUUGUA